AUGUCGAGUGUGACGCUGUCCUCCGCAGUGCGGGCGAACCCGCGCCUCGUUAGCUCGUCGUUGGAGAAGAUGACCUGCAACGCACAGGGGAUCACCGUGGUGGACAUUUACCCCUCUGUGUUGUCGGCCCUAACCGCGAAGGGUGCACCUGUAAGCGUAGCCGAGAGCGCUCGCGUGUAUGUGCAAGCUGCCCGGUGCAGCCGUCGCGCGCAGCGACUGAGCACCGAGGGCGACGGGGACUGUGUCCAGCAUAAGCACGCCACCUCCCCUGGCCCUGCCGUCACUACUGGCGUGGGCAGCAGCAACUCGCCAGUUGGGCAAAAGAAAACGGCUGCCAACGAGGACUCCCACUUGAAUUGCUUCAAUGUGGGUAUUGCCAUGAGUCUGCACACAGUGCUGCUCUCGCGCAACCGCAUCUCGAGCUUGCUCGGCAUAGUGCAGUUCAGGCACUGUGUUUGUCUUUCACUGCUGGGCAACCGCAUUCGCACCAUUGAGGAUUGCGAGCCACUCGCCAUGCUGCCUGAUUUGCAAUAUCUUUCCCUGGAGUACAACCCGGUGACACGGCUACCGCACUACCGCGCGCAUCUACUGCGAAUCUGCUCGUGGCCUCAAGAGUUGUCCCCCAGCACCUGCCGUCUGCGCAAACUAGAUAGCGCUGCCGUCACCACGGCAGAGUUAAAACACGCCGCGUUGUGCCUUCUGCGGGAGUCAGCUGUGCUGCCGGAGCUGCUCUACCGCAUGCAGCUCCUGGCAUUUCUGGUGGACAUCGAAAACCGUCAGCGGCUGCACCGCGAACUGCGUCUGCGCGGUCACGUCUUGCAUGACUUGAGCGAACAUGCAAGUAUGGAGCUGCUGCUGGAGCGAGGGGUAGCGCACGCGUUGUCCCGGGUCGGGAUUGCAGGGGCGGCGCACAUGGCUCGCCAGCUUGUGCGCGAUCAUCGUUGCCUGCGUACGACCUCGCUUCCUCUCAGCAAGCACAACAGUGCGCAUCCGGCCCCAGCUCAGGCACCACACGCGCACACGCACACAAGCGUCACAGUAGACAAAGGCGUGUGUGAGGCCGUCGACGAGAAAAGUGGCGGAGUAGCCGACCUCACGACCACCAGGGUCACGAACUUCGCAUCUGACACGAUAGACCCGAGCGAGAUUGCGAGCGUCAGCACCGUUUCCUCCUGCUCACUGUUUUCAAGCACCUCAUCCAGUGGCGCGAGUGUGCUGCAGUCGCUGUCGCACCUGCUUGCAAGCAAGGAGCUGGACUGGAGUCGGAGGUCCUUGCGCCGCGCCGACGCCACGGAAGUGGCUGAUACGUGUCAGGCUUGGUCGAAGGACGCGUUCCGACAGACGAUCGUCUCUCUUGAUGUCCGCCUCUGCACACUGCUCCUGCGCAUCUCGAGCGCUGCGGGGCAGACGCUGACGUCCCAUGAUGUCGACCGCCUGUGUGGGGUGUGGCUGCAUGCCGUCGCGCAUUGUACGCCGGCAGAGGCAGCAGAGGUUAACGCGACGGGGCGGCGGCGACUGGUUGUCGAGGUCGGCGCCGCAGCGGCAGAGCGCAAGAGUACCAAGAGAAGAGGUGCCGCGGAGGGUCAGGUAGCGCUGAAACAACGGGAAUCCAGCCUUGGUACAGCAGUCACCGGUCGCAUACCAAUGGGCACGGUCGCUCCGGUAGAGACGAGCAUCAAGGACGCCCUUGGAAAGGAGUCGCGGCGUCUCUCCAGCACUUCACCGUCACCGCCGCAGCUGGAGCACCGCGACGCGGAGGAUGUGACGAUGGACUCCACAACGAUAUCCAUGACGUCGCUCUCCUCGGACGCUGCAUUGCUGCCGCGGGAUGCGGUUCCGCUGCCCACCACUCGCUCUCGAACAGACCCAACGCAGCCAUCGGUGCCCGGCCGUGAGGCUACUGGAAGCACGGCUGCAAGGGCUGCACUCGGCGCUAUCGCUCACGACUCGGCUUAUUUGAAGACAUCCGCUUGCGCCGAAUCUAUUCACGCGUUUGAGGCGCUCGCGCGCGGACGUUACAAGCGACGCGCGUUUCAGCAGUGGUGUUCAGCGCUGCGACAUCGCUGGCAAACACGCAUCGUGGCCGCCUACAUUCGCGAAAAGGUCAGCGACGGCGCGGCUGCAAGCAUUCGGAGUCCAUCCUGGGGUGGCCUUCUUGCCCAAGUGACCUACGUUGAACGCAAGCGCGGCUUCUUUACUGUUUGGCGGCGGCGAGCGCAGCUGCACUGCGACUGCCGCACUCGGCGGCUCCGUAGAUUGUGGAACCUGUGGCGCGAGAAAGCGGCAGUAUUGUCCGUCCUUCGUGUGCGGUGCGAGCAGACAUCUGCAUUGGUCGCGCAGCACAUGCGGGACGUGGCGUUUCGCACAUGGAAGUCCAAGGCGGAAAAGAGGGCAAGCGAGCGGUGCACGGCGGCCCAGCGCCGCAUCUUUGCUGAGGGGCCGCACAGUACAGACACCUUCCGCGCGCUAGCAUCCCCCACGCCUGUGAUGGCACACCUUGCCGCCCGCACACCCUCACCGCGCACUACGGUGAUGUGUCGCACCCUGGCAGACGCACUAACGCCUCGCAGAGAAACCUGCACCACAGCCGUGGAAGUACCAUCCGUCACCUCGGUGCCUGAUGAGAUUCUCUCGGACACAUCUGCGGCAGUGGCAGUAAACCCGGUCAUCAUGUCUGUUUGGCGUCACGUGGCGGCCCUCGAGAGACGCGCGUGCCCAUCGCACGCUUCAGCGUCCGUGAGCGACAACGAAGAGCAACACGACUGCUGUGCGCGCAGCUCCUCAGACGAAGAAGCGGGGCUUUCCGCUGUGGGAGCGUCACCAAGUCCUGGGGUCAGCGUCGCGAGCGGUACCGCCACGCCGUUCGUCGGGGUUACCUCCCCGGAGUGGGUGCAGCAGCCACAACCGCUCUGCGACGCCGCGAGGGCCCAAGCACAGCUCAGUGGCCCCAGUGGUGAGCUUUCGCCACCGCCUGCAAUGCGCAUGCUUUUUUCGCCCGAGUCGAGGAGCCAGAGCGCUGGACUGAAUGGAUGCAGCCACACCGGCGCCGCCACAGUGCAGCUGCGGGCUUUGCAGCCGUCUCCAGCGCAGUUCCCACUCGCACGGGCACACGCCAGACCAUCCACAGUCGUGCUGGUGCCUUCAGUAAAGUCGACUACUUGCAGAUUCUAUGGCUCUUCAAAGCCAAGCUGUCUUCCGUCCAUCACCGCUGCCCGUCGAGCGAUUGUGCAGUCAUUGUCUACGACCGAGGUGGCGGCUGCACCGGGCGACGUGGACUCGCCGUACCCUGCUGCCGAUGUCGAGGCGUUGGUGGAGCGGGCGAAGCAGCUUGAGAUUGAUCGUGACUACCUCAUAGAAACGUUGCGGAGCCUUCAUCUCUCUCAGCAGAAGCAUUGCACACAGGAAAGGCCGCAGCCACCGCAUGCAGCCUCCACAGCAGACUCUGUAUUACUGCCCUCCUCGGCGCCGCUGGCGCCCUCCUUUGCCGUUGCCGAGCAACUGGAAGGACGGUGCGCCUCUCUGGAGAAGGAGGUGCAUCGGCUGGAGAAGUUUGUGGUUGCUCUACAAGACGAGCGACAUCAGCUUCUGGAGAAUAUGAAACGUAGUAUGUUUCGUUACAGAGCAUGA